AUGUUAUGUCUCAUUCAGGAUGAAGAUGUUGUUGUCAUUAAAGUUCAAGAUAUAUAUGGGAUGGAUGAGGAGUCCUUUAGGGAAGAAGAACUUCCUCCAGAGGUGGCUGAAGAUGGACGGUGUAAUGGGAGUAGUCCGGAGAAGCACCCCGUCAUUUGCCUGGAUAGUGAAAUAGAUGACGAUGACUUCCCUGAGGACUGUCCGGUGGAAAAUCCCUUCACCCCAAAUCUUCAUCCCGUACAUUACACCAACGAUCUGUCAUGUGACCCUUCUACACAUCGGUGGUGCUCACCCGAUCCACCACAUCCCAUCAUGCACUAUUCAGCCCUCACGGUGGGCGAAAUGUCCCACGGCUCUGAAUGCAGCCGACAUUUAUCUCCGAGGGAAAACCAUUUACACCGGAGAUCCCAAACGGGUUCAAAAAAGUUUGAAUGUACUGAAUGCGGGAAAUGUUUCACGCAGACGUCCCACCUGGUGACCCACCAGAGGAUCCACACGGGGGAAAAGCCGCAUUCGUGCCCCAUUUGUGGGAAAUGUUUCAACGAUAAGUCCUAUCUAGUCACCCAUCAGAAGAUUCACACGGGGGAAAAGCCUUUUUCCUGUUCGGACUGCGGGAAAUCCUUCGCCAAGAGGUCCAACCUGGUUAGGCAUCAAAGGAUUCACACGGGGGAGAAGCCUUAUUCUUGCUCUCAGUGCGGGAAGUGCUUCACGUGGAAGCCCUCCCUUCUCUACCACCAGAUCAAGCACUCCAGUGACAAGCCCAUUUCCUUUCCCAAUGUCAGGGGGGUGGUUUCACCAGAAUCACUUCUUGCCGGGCUUCCAGGAUGGGAUCCAUGUUCCCGGUUGGCAACAGUGGUCAACCCUUGCUCUACGUCGGAUAAGUGA